GAGAGAAGAGAGAGAAGGUCCACAGGGAUACUGUGCCUACACUUGAUGACUUCUAGACACUGCUGUAGACCUCCCUCCCACCCACCUGGUGUCCACACUGAGUCACAGCACAAUUAGCCCUGCUGUAAUGGUCAUCAACAUAGAGGGAGUGGGGGCGGGGCUGUAAGCCUCCUUCCUGCCUUCCACCUUGCAGAGUGACCCUGGUCAGUUCCACACUGUCUCUGGACCUCAGAGGUCAGCUCCUGCCCUUAAGAACAGUGACCGAAGUGAGUGGAUAGACAUGGACCUUCCCCUCUUCCCCAAGGUCUGGGCCUUGAGGAUCCGGUGGGGAGGCAGAGCUCUCCAGGAACAGACCUGUCCUGGUCCUCGGAGGAGAUGGGUGUAAAAGGAUGUUCGCAGAGGAGAGAUAGUGGCUCAUGAGCCCCGGAUCUAGGCAGAACCUCCACGGGUGAGCCUUUUCUGUACUGCUAGACACUCCGGAGGGCUGGCAGGGGUGACAGAUUAGAGCUGAGAAACUCCUGGGCGAUGACGCGUGGAGACGCAGGAGGAGUCAAGCACGUGGGCCCACACGUCAAUUUCCGACUCUACCCAUAGCAGGCUGCCUGGCUCCAUUCCUCAAUAGCCUGAGGUGGUGCUCUUCAGUGUCCAGCCCCACCCCGACCCAAUAAGGGCUCCUGAAUGCCAGCUCUGUGCCCAGCUCCCUGUUGUAGGGGAAGGUUCCAGCCAUUAUGCUUUGAGGCAGUUAGAGAUGGGCGUGGCCAGGGCCGGAACCGUGGGGUUGUAUGCCUCUGUAGCCCCUCCCACUCGUGGAACUCACUGCCUGCGAAGACCCUGCCUUUGGAAUGGAAGGACAGAUGGACUUCUUCCUGUCUCCAUUGCUCAGCAUCCCUCAGUGUUACACUCCUGCUUCCUGUGGGAACUGCCUGAAGGUCUGAGCCUGGAACCCAAGGGGAAGGGGAAGGAAGAGGAGGAAGAAGAAGACGUCAAAGCCUGAAACCCUGCAUACCUUUCCAGCAGGAACCUGGAGUCACAACACCCACUGCCUGCUGCUCGUAGCCCUUCAGAGCAGCAGGCGCCAGCUGUUCCCGUCCUGCCCAAGGCCCCCAUGCUGGGGGUCACCCCCAAGAUGGUGGCAGCUCCGGGGAGGACUGUGCUACCAGCUCCAGCCUCUGGCUGCUAGGCCUCUCUGUGCUCUGGCCCUUCACCCCAGCGGGGCCUCUAAGGGGCCAAAGCCUGGGCCAUGCUGCGCCUGGGGCUGUGUGCAGCAGCGCUGCUGUGUGUGUGUCAGCCAGGUGCUGUGCACGCGGACUGCUGGCUCAUCGAGGGGGACAAGGGCUACGUGUGGCUGGCCAUCUGCAGCCAGAACCAGCCGCCAUAUGAGACCAUCCCCCAGCACAUCAACAGCACUGUGCAUGACCUGCGUCUCAACGAGAAUAAGCUCAAGGCCGUGCUCUAUUCCUCACUCAAUCGCUUCGGGAACCUCACGGACCUCAACCUCACCAAGAAUGAGAUUUCCUAUAUUGAGGAUGGUGCCUUCCUGGGCCAGACGAGCCUGCAGGUCCUGCAGCUGGGCUACAACCGGCUCAGCAACCUGACUGAGGGGAUGCUGCGAGGCAUGAGCCGCCUGCAGUUCCUCUUCGUCCAGCACAACCUCAUUGAGGUGGUGACGCCCACCGCCUUCUCCGAGUGCCCCAGCCUCAUCAGCAUUGACCUGUCCUCCAACCGCCUCAGCCGUCUGGAUGGCGCCACCUUUGCCAGCCUGGCCAGUCUGAUGGUGUGUGAGCUGGCCGGCAACCCCUUUAACUGUGAGUGUGACCUCUUCGGCUUCCUAGCCUGGCUUGUGGUCUUCAACAAUGUCACCAAGAACUACGACCGCCUGCAGUGUGAGUCACCGAGGGAGUUUGCUGGCUACCCACUGCUGGUGCCUCGACCUUACCACAGCCUCAAUGCCAUUACCGUCCUGCAGGCCAAGUGCCGCAAUGGCUCAAUGCCUGCCCGGCCUGUGAGUCACCCCACACCCUAUUCCACGGAUGCUCAGAGGGAGCCUGAUGAGAACUCAGGCUUCAAUCCUGACGAAAUCCUCUCAGUGGAGCCGCCGGCCUCGUCCACCACGGAUGCAUCUGCUGGGCCAGCCAUCAAGCUGCACCAAGUCACCUUCACCUCGGCCACCUUGGUUGUCAUCAUCCCACACCCUUACAGCAAGAUGUAUGUGCUGGUCCAGUACAACAACAGCUACUUCUCUGAUGUCAUGACCCUCAAGAACAAGAAGGAGAUCGUGACGCUGGACAAGCUUCGGGCGCACACCGAGUACACCUUCUGUGUCACCUCGCUGCGUAACAGCCGCCGCUUCAACCACACCUGUCUGACCUUCACCACUCGGGACCUUGUGCCUGGGGAUCAGGUCCCCAGCACCUCCACCACCACGCACUAUAUCAUGACCAUCCUGGGCUGCCUGUUUGGCAUGGUCAUCGUGCUGGGGGCUGUCUACUACUGCCUGCGCAAGCGGCGCAUGCAAGAGGAGCAGCAGAAGUCCGUCAACGUCAAGAAGACUAUCUUAGAGAUGCGCUAUGGUGCCGAUGUGGAUGCUGGCUCCAUAGUGCAUGCUGCACAAAAGCUGGUUGAGCCACCGGUACUGCCCGUGGCCAGAAUGUCCUCUAUUCCCUCCAUGAUUGGGGAGAAACUGCCCGCCUCCAAGGGUCUGGAGGCCGGGCUAGACACACCCAAGGUGGCUACCAAAGGCAACUAUAUUGAGGUGCGCACAGGUGCUGCAGGGGACAGCCUGGCCCGGCCUGAGGAUGAUCUCCCAGAAAUCGAGAACGGCCAGGGCUCGGCAGCUGAGAUCUCCACCAUCGCCAAGGAAGUGGACAAGGUCAACCAGAUCAUUAACAACUGCAUAGACGCCCUCAAGCUGGAUUCCGCCUCUUUCCUUGGGGGCGGCAGUGGCGGUGGGGACUCUGAUCUGGCCUUCGAGUGCCAGUCCCUCCCUGCAGCUACUGCUGCCUCCUCGACUGCCACUCCUGGGGCGCUGGAGCGGCCCAGCUUCCUGUCACCCCCCUACAAGGAGAGCUCCCACCACCCGCUGCAGCGCCAGCUGAGUGCUGAUGCCGCAGUGACCCGCAAGACCUGCAGCGUGUCCUCCAGUGGCUCCAUCAAGAGCGCCAAGGUCUUCAGUCUGGAUGUGCCAGACCACCCAACCCCCACGGGACUGGCCAAGAGCGACUCCAAGUACAUCGAGAAAGGCAGCCCCCUCAACAGCCCGCUGGACCGGCUUCCACUGGUGCCCACGGGCAGCAGUGGGAGCAGUGGGGGUGGGGGUGGCAUUCACCACCUGGAGGUGAAGCCAGCCUACCACUGCAGCGAGCACCGGCAUAGCUUCCCGGCUCUCUACUACGAGGAGGGUGCCGACAGCCUGAGCCAGCGCGUGUCCUUCCUCAAGCCACUGACCCGCUCUAAGCGAGACUCCACCUAUUCGCAGCUCUCCCCCAGACAUUAUUACUCAGGGUAUUCCUCCAGCCCCGAGUACUCGUCUGAGAGCACACACAAGAUCUGGGAGCGCUUCCGGCCCUACAAGAAGCACCAUCGUGAGGAAGCAUACAUGGCUGCUGGCCAUGCCCUGCGUAAGAAGGUCCAGUUCGCCAAGGAUGAGGACCUGCAUGACAUCCUUGAUUACUGGAAGGGGGUCUCAGCCCAGCAGAAGCUGUGACCCUCUCCUCCCCCACCGGUGAGGUGAUGGGGAGGGCAGGGGUAUAUGGGGGAAGGGCCCCCCCAACAGGGUGGCCGGGAGGCGGGGGACAGGCCAAGGAGCCUGGGGCCAAGAGGCCCGGGGCCUAGGAGUGGACGCACACGCACACGCGCACACACGCACCCACACACACACACUUGACCACCACCUGACUGUGAAGUAACCAACACCCAAUAAUAACGGACAGGAAAACAAAAAUUUUCCUUAAAGUUUACAACCUGCUACUGAAACCAGUUGUCUCUACUGUGCUGCCCAAGGGACUUGCUGGGCUGGGGAAAGAGGCCAGAAAGAAUGUGGGACCUGAGACUCAGGCGGGUUUGGUGGCAAGAGAGAUUUGGGUAGAAGCAAACCAUAGGCCUCUCUUUCAGGGAGGCUAUCCUCCAAGCUGGGGAACCUUUCCCUUGGAGAUCUGAUAAUGUGGACAUUGGGCAUCCUCCCCUCCCACUAUGGAUGGCCCAGACAGAGAGGAAAAGAAGCCCCAGGGGUCUCUCACCCAACAGGUUACAGCUCUGUCUCCCAGCUUCCUGGCCCCGUGCUGGCCUCGCCUCCAGCUGCUCCUCUGGGCUCUCCCCUUCAUCUGCUACUCCUUCCAAAGUUGUGGUCUCAGGGGUCUAGGGACUGAGGCAGGCGGGUGCUUUUCUUCUUUAGAAGAAGUCCAUGGUCAUCUACAAGGGGGAAGGCUGUGGUCCCUAGCCCUGGGUGGCCAAGGGCAAGCAAUGUUCUGCUGACCAGACAGAAGCAGAGGCAAAGGGUGCCACCAGCCCCCUUCAAGUGUCUUCCAAGUAGCCCUGGGGAUCUGCCUGGGUGUGGGGUGGUGGGUAGACCUGCUCCCCACUGGUAUCUCAGGUGUAGGCCCCCAUGCCACAGCCCCUAGUUUCUCUGGGUCUCUGGGAUCCUACCCACCACCGAGAGGCAACAGUGAAUGACAAGGCCUGGGGCCAGUGCUGAGAUGAUGUAGAUUGUGGGGAUCCCUCUCUGCACCCUGCACCCCACUUGCCUGGCUCCUGCUGGGUGCAGCAUCUUGGCCUGCCCAGGAGGGCAUCUGCCCCCAUCCCAUCCUGUCUUAUCCCCUGGCUAGAGGGACUCCCAUGUUUUCAUGGAAAUGACCACAGUCCUCCUUCCGACACUCCCAACACCAAUCAAAGCACAAACAGUGAGGUGCCUCCUACUGCCCUGGUCAGGGAGCAGGCCAGGUUCCUGGCCCCUCCCCUUCCCUAGCUGGUCCGUUGCCACGGCAACCCAGAGCCUGGCAGUUGGUGCCCAGAGCGACCAACUGACCAACCGUUGGGCUCUGGAGUCCUCUCAGUGUGGGUGGCGGCAGAGGGGGGUACAGGAGGCCUGGCCAGGUGACAGCUUUCUCAGGAGCCCAGGAGCUUCUUGGGGACAAGCUCUGGAGGCUGUUGUGGAGUCCCGAGACUAGGCCUAAGGCAUUGUCCUGUGCCUUUGAGUGGGCAGUGGGCCUGUUGGGCAUUGGGACAGCUGUACCAGACAGUGCUGUCCCCUGUCCGUGUACCCUUUAGCUUCCCAUUGAGAUAGGGAGGAGCCUUCUCAGCUUGACCCCAACUUCCAGAGACCCCUCAUUCCUGUUGCUCUUUUGGGCUUCAUGAGAUGGGAGGGCGUGACUGGAGUGAGGCAGAUGAUGGGAGCAGCUUCUCACCUGACCUGUGAGGACUCCGAUCAUGAAAGCUAGGGCUUGGGGGUGGGGUAUAGGGAAGGACCAGGGUGGGGAGACUUGACUGAACACCUCUAUCACAUCGACUUCGGGGUGGGCUGAGCCCAGGGCUCACUCAGGGGUGACAUUUGCAAAAAACAAAAAACAAAACAAAAAAACAAAAACAAAAACAAAAAAGAAAAAAAAAAAAAAGACUGUUCUGGGAAGAGGAGGGGACUGGCCAGCCUGGAUGUGAAGAACAAAGCUCCCCGAGCCACAAACCUGCCCCUCACCCUAUCCUAUACCCACCACCCUGAGUCAGCAGGCAGGCCGAGAGGCUGCGGGGCGUGAGCAAGCAGACCCCUGUUAUCUUUGCAUGACGAUUUUACUGUAUUUUUCUGAGCAAACAUUUGUCGUGUAUGUGCCAGUUUGUCCAGACUUCCCCCACCCCCACCUCCAUUCCCUUCGUGUGAUCCGAGCAGCUCUUGAAACCCAGGGAGGGCCAGCUCUGCAGAAGACCCAAAACAGGUGCCACCAACCUAGCCCUGCCCCAGACCCUCCUCCCACCUUUCUGGGCACUGGGCCCACAAGUGCUGCCUGCCUUCCUCCCUCUAGAGCCAUUCCUUCCCACUUCCCAUCUCUGCUUGCCCUCUUCCCUCCUCUCCACCAGGAAAGCAGUCUUAGAAGAGUAGCCCUUGUGGGAGGGGCUGUGGAAGGAUCCCCACGGCCUGUUUCCAUCUGGAAAGGAAGCUGGGGCCCUCUAAAGAGAGACCUGACCAGCCACAUGUGAUGGAGAGCGCUGUCAUACUGAGUACAGGAGGCUAAGCUCUUGGAGCUUCGUGGGGUGGCUUGGGGCUCUGCAGUAGGGGAGUGGACUUUGUCACACCCAGGGAGACUCCCCACAGUGGAGUGGGCUCUGUCCCUACUUUUUGGCCACCAUUCUUGGUUGGUGACUUAUAAAACCUCAGAUGCCACUUCAGGGGGACUUUAAAGAGAGGUCCAUUUCAACAAUGGGGAGCAGGUCACAGGGACCUUUGAGACAGAACAAGGAACCAAGACAUUGGGCCAGUCCCCAAGUUGACCUGGCCAGUCCUCUAGGGGUAGCCCCUUGGAGUUUCCCUCUGGCAUGUCCUAUAUACAUCCCAUCUAAAGUGGCUGUCCCUGGGCAGAAGUGCAACUGUCACAAAAUGACAAAUGGAUUCUUAUACCCUGGAGCCAAGGGAAGCCACUGACUUUAUGAGUUCUAGGCUGAGACUUGGGGGCAGGCCAUGAUUAGGGGCACAGAGAGAGGAGGAACCUAAGGGCUUGAUGGAGUCAUCUGAGGGACUUGUGGGUAGGAGGUCACAACUGGGCUUCCCUGUUAUAGUAGAAAACAGCCUGUGAGGCCUCCUUUGUGGGACUGUGUGGCUUUUCCAGAAUAGGCGUAGGCCUGAAGGAAAAACGCACAGUCUUAGCAGGUUUGAGGAGCCUGGACCAGGUUCUUGAGUCUCUGGAAAGUUCCCGACUCCAGUGUCCCUUCAAUUCUGAGACUCCUGAGUACAGAGCCUAUGCAGGGCUGGAGGGCCUGUCUAGGGAGGUGGCCAGGGAAAGCCCACUUAGGAGGACCCAGACGGACAGUGCCCGGAGGGGGGGCAGUUAUUGGUGGUACUGAUGUCUGGGGCUGGCCCAUGGCCCUCCUCCAUGUUCCCGAUUAGAAAUCGCACUAGCUCACAAUCCAGUACAUGUAAGGAGUUGAAGUUGGGCAGAAGUAUAGGGAAAGGGAAAUCUCUAGACAGGCCACGGGGGUGGGGUGGGGGUGGGGAGACAGACAGGGACAGCCCCCCCAUCCUUCCAGUUCAUGAGUGGCAGAACUGCAGGGAAGCAGAUGGGGGCUUCCUCGCCAUGAUGGGCAUAGGGGACCUGGUGUCCUUUGGUCUCUCCAAGAAGACAGGCAACGGAGCUCUGCAUGGUAAGACAACCAUUGCUUUAGAAAUGAGCUCCGAGGGGGAGGUGUGGGUCCUGUCAGCUGUCCCCCCAGUCUCUUCCCUAGGCACCCACCACUCUGCCCCAGCAGGUCCUAUCAUGGCUGUGGGCCUCUUUUCCAGGGCGUGGAUGGGUGGGAAAAGGCACGGGGGGAGGAGUGUCUAGUUACCAGUAGGGUGACCCUCACCCCCUUAAUGUUUGUCCCUCUUGACAAGGCUUGCUGUCUGGGAUGGGAUCCUCCUUCUCCCAGGCCCCGUGCUCAUAUCACAUGACCUACAUCCACCUCUAAGAAACAGUCUCCUCCCCUACCCCCCAGCCACUAGCCUCAGUGUCCCCCUCUCAGCUGCCAGCUGCCCCUGCUUGAAGAGCAGGGAGAACAGAGGUGUCCACAUAGGGUGGCCUGCUUUUCCUCCCCUCCUCUUUUGCCAGUAAAGCAUAGGGCUGGGGUGGAAGUCCAGGCGAUGAUGGCCACCUCUCCUCCCUGCUUCCCACAUCCCCUUCCCUGCACCCUCCUCAGGAGCUGCCUGCCCCCAGGGGCAUGGCGGCCUGGCACCUGGUUUGAGCCCUGCGGAGCUGGGCUCGGGGCCCUGAAUUCUGAACCUGUGAUCCCUCGCUGUGUACGGACCUUGCCCCCUCCUGGGGGGCCCUAGGCCCUCUCCUUUUCUUCUUUUAGGGGGUAACUUCAUUUAUUUCUCCUCCCUCCAUUCGCCUCCCCCCUCCCCUGAUUCUCCUGUUUUAAACCGAAUGGCACGAAACCGUUUUCCUCACCUUGGAGACUCCUGUAUGGAGAGAAUUUCUAUAUUUGCAAUAAAUUUCUUAUUUAAAACAACA